UGCAUUUAUUGUUUAUGCCGUUCAGACGCAUUUUUCAUAAUCGAUUCUCGUUCGUCCAGACGACUGAUUCGUUUUUCGUUAAUCUGCUCUUAUCGCUCCAGAAAAUUGUUUCGUUUUGUAUAAUGACAAGCGUACUGUAUUGGUAUACAAAUCAUAAUUUGUUUAUGUUUAUUUAGUAAACAAAUGCUAUUGUAAAAAGAUAAACUUCAGAAUAAUAUACUGCACUGAUAUUUUUAGUUCGAAAUUUCGUAGUAAAAUGAUGGAGUAUAUCCAUGCAAUACUUAGUAAAAAUUGAUCAUAAUAAUAAAUAAAGGUGUAUAUAUUUGGAUACUUGACAGUAAACUGUUUUCCUGCCCUUUCAUUUAUAGUGAGAAGUUCUAUAAAUCUCAGAUUUAUUAUGAACAUACGAAAUAAUGAAUAUGCUAUAAAUGUGCUGACAUAAUUGAUUAUAUUGCCUAAAAUCGUCAAAAAACUGCCAUUGUUUUUAAAAGCGCAGCUUUUAUUUAGUGAUAAUUAUAGAUUAAUGCCAGCUAAAGAAUUGUAAAUUAAAAAUGGAAUCUUUGGCUGAAAAAGAAUGCAGUGCAUUGGGUGGUUUAUUUCAAUACAUUAUCAAUGAUUUGAAGAUUGCCACUCCUGUCUGGGAAGAUUUUCUGGGAAAGGCAUCUAAACUGCACACACACCUGAAGACAUCAAUUCAAGCAUUAACUGCAUUUUUGGAUGCUUUUCAGAAAAUAGCCGAUAUGGCUACAAACACCAGAGGAGCUACUAAAGACAUAGGUUCUGCUCUUACAAGAUUAUGCUUAAGACACAGAAGCAUUGAAGCUAAGCUUAAAAUAUUUUCUGGCUCACUGGUUGACCACUUAGUGAUCCCUUUGCAAGAUAAAUUGGAAGAUUGGAAGAAAGUAGCAUAUCAAAUGGAUAAGGAUCAUGCAAAAGAAUACAAGCGUGUAAGACAAGAUAUAAAAAAGAAGUCAUCUGAUACUCUCAGGUUGCAAAAGAAAGUUCGAAAAGCUCCAAAAGCAGAUGCGAAGAAGACUUUGGAUUGUGCCAUUCGUGAUGUGAACAAUAAAUAUCACCUCUUAGAGGAAACUGAAAAGCAGGCUUUGCGAAAAGCUCUUAUUGAAGAGCGUUCAAGAUACUGCCUUUUUGUAAACUGCCUUCGACCUGUUGUCGAAGCUGAGUUAGCCACUAUGUACGAGGUGACUCAUAUCCAAGAAGUUCUAGAUGCCCUUGGGAAACUUAUAGAAGACCCUCUAAACUUACCACCUGCUAGUGAACAAGUGAUUCUUGAUAUCAAAAGCUCUGAAGCUGGUUUUUCUUUCAGAACUCCUCCAAGCUCUCCAACUUCUGUAGGCUCUAGGAAAUCGAGCACUUGUAGCAUCAGCAGUCUGAACAGUUCAUCAAGUGAUAGCACACAUUCCCCGUCUUCUCAUCAACGGAGCAGAUCACUCUCUCAGCCACCCAGUGGAGCAUUCCGAUUGUCGAGUGUCUCAUCCCAAGAUUCUGGUUUUACUUCCCAAGACACACUCUUUCCGAGGCUUCCAACUCCACCACCUGUUGAGCUCACUGAUCAAGCUAAUAAUUCCUUGAAUUCUGAUGGUUCAGCAAUAAAAGAUAUGUCUUCCCCUUCGUUUCCUGGUGCCCCUUGCGCCAUGUCUACUUGGCCAAAUCUCCAAGAUACUCUCCAAUUCGAAAAAGCAGCUGCCUCUAUUGCUAAAUCUCAGCGCCCUCAUACUAUUUCUUCUGCAUACGAGAGGCACAAUCGACCAGCAAUAACAUCCCAUACUUUUCGACCUCUUCAGAAUGAUAGUGAUGGUCCAAUGGAGAUACCAUCCCCAGAUUAUUUGCCUGAAGAUAUUGCAGACGACUGCAGUGAAGAGGCCACCCCUACUCACAAAAUAUACCCUCCCCCUUUACCUCUGAGGGCAGAAGAAAUGGAUAUGUCUGCGCCCAAAAUUCCCCCAAAGCCAAGAAUUAUUACCCAGCACCACAGACGAAGUGAUGUCCCCACCUCACUUUGUUCUCCAAGAGAUAAUCCUAUUUAUGUAAACACUGGUGAUAUCUCUAGUGCCUCAAAUAAAUCUGUUACCCCUACUGAUGCCAAUGUUUCAGAUGAAUCUGUCAAAGAGUCCUUCCAAAAAAGUUUAGCAGCUACACUUGCGCAAAGUGCCAUUCAGCAGAAACUUGUGAGAAAAGAAACAGCCACUUUACCUGUUGAUCAUUCAAAAGAUAUGAGAUCAAAUGCACAAACUCCCUCAACACCCAAUGAAGAAGGUGCGUGUGGGGGGCAUGCCCCACCGCCACCAGUAAGACGUUCCUCUGCUACAAAACAAGCUCCCCUCGUUCCACCUCAUAGAACAGCCAAAGGUGCAGAAUGUUCUGCUACAUCAUGGAAUGUGUUUAAUGACUCGAUUGACGGAUCAGAUGCUCACGCACAGCUAAUGCGAGCACUCAAUGCUCGCUUAGAUGCAUUGCAACGGGAGGAGGAGAUGGUGGUACCAGAUCGUCUUCCGCCACCACCGCCUCCUCUAGAGGAAGUUGAGCCCGAAGUUCCCCCACGUAUAAACCAGCGAUCAGCCCCCACUAAGAAACUUCCACGUACUCCUGAUAAAAAUACUCUUUUGUCUGACUUAGAAUUGAAAUUCAGCAAGGUGGAACGAAGAGAGCGUAAAACAGAAUCAUCUAAGUUCCAUACUGCUCCGAGACCUCUGGAGACAAAAGCUCAGCGGCGUGUCUCUCAACCUACUUUUAGUGAGUUGGUAGAUCAAUUUCCUAGGCAAAGGAACUCCAUUGAAGAGGUGCCCCAGAAGAAACUCCCCCCAACCCCUGAUAGAAGGAGUUCUCUGGAUUUGGAAUAUGCAGGUCUCCACCAAAAUAUUCUAUUUGAGACGAAGAAAGCGAGUGUAGGAGGGCGAAAUGAAGCUGCCUGUAGAGUGCAGAAAUGGUUGGCUGGCCGUGGUUCAGUUGAUGUCUCGCGUUGCAGAGCUGAUUUGCUCGGUGAAAUUCGAGAAGGUGUCAAUCUCCGGAAAGCUAACAGCGAUGACCGCUCUGCGCCUAUUCUACGCCAUCCUAGGAUGAAACUUCCAAAGCCUGUGUAGGAUAAUAACAAUAUAUGCCCAUUCAUGGUUACAAGUGCAUGCUCAAUGAAAAUUAGCUUCUAAACUAGAACCUGUAGACUAGUUAAUGCUAUUCUUAUCAUUAUAAAAAUUUUGUGGUUGCUCUCUUGUAGUGCAGCAUCUUCAACAGGAGUGUCUGAUUGCUCUCUUGUAGUGCAUCGAUUUGAACAAGUGUGUCUGAUUGCUCUCUUGUAGCGCAUCAUUUUGAACAAGCUCAUUUGUUCUCUUGUAGUGCAUUGUUUUUGAACAAGAGUGCCAAUUUGUUCUCUUGUAGUGCAUUAAAGUGUUUUCAUGGAGAUUGUUCUCUCUGGUAAUGCAUCAUUUUUACCAAGAAUGCCCAUUUUGACUGUUAAGUAUUAAGGAGUAACAUUAAAAGACUUAAAAGUUAUUAGUGAGCUUCAUAACAAAAAAUGUAUUCUCUCAAUCCAGAAUAGAAUUUAAUCCUCACUCUUGUUUGAACCAUUUUUUUCCCUUCUAGUUUUGCUUUAAGAAACUCUUCAUGUACUAAUAGAUUGUCACUUAUUAUAAUAUUUGAUGUUUUAUAUGUGUUACAACUUUUCUGAUUUCUGUGUAAUAUUUAUUAUUCAUAUUAUAACUAAAUCAUUAUUCAUAUGGCAGUUGUGAGUAUAAGUGCAAUAUCUACCCAUCAUUACUAUUGAAUAAACAUAAAAAUGUAAACAUACUUCAAAAGGAAAUGUAUCACUAUGAAAUCUUGUUUUUAUAUGAAAAUUAGGCGAUUCAUUUUUCUACGGAAAUGUGUGUGGUUAAUCGUAUGAUAAUGUUUCAUAUUAUUCAAGUGCAAUAAGCUAAUCAUAUAUUUACUCAUAAAAACAAAAAUAUAUGCAAUAUAUUGAUAAUUGUUAAAUUUUAAUGGUUAUGUAUUUUAAUUAAAGCUUAUGUCAAUUUAUUUACUACACUUUUUAACUAGUAGUUGGUUGAUGUUUCAUUGAAUUUAAAAUAAUAAUGUUUUUUAUUUAUGUUAGGUUAUAAUAUUUUUUGUUCUUAUAAAAAAAUUGCUCACAAUAUAAGCUUUUAAUUGGAAUUUUUAUCAAAGCAUCUGAAAGGUAAUCACAACCUCAUUAAUUUUCUUAGCAUUUUAAAAUUUAUAGAAAACUUUCUAAUAGUAUUUAAUCAGAAAUGUUGCGUAUGGCAAUCUUUACAUUGCCUGAAGCCUCUUUUAAUUUAUGAAAAUUCUGCUGAUACAAAAAACAUACAAAUAUAUAUUGAGUUUUUUUCUUCUUUAAAACUAUUGAUAUGAGUGACUAAACUUAAUGUAAAAAAAUCAGAAACAUUCCUAAAUUUUGUACUAACUAACUUUUACAUCAAAAUGUAAGACAUUUUAUUAUGUUUAUGUCUCUACAUUAAAAAAAUGACUUGUUUUUGAAAUUGUAUUUUUUUUAAUUACGUAUUUUAUAUAUUGUUUUAAUCUUUUAUAUUUAAAUUUAUUAGUUGAGAAUCACAAGCAAGUAAUUUCUAGGAAUUCUAAAUUCAUUCAUAUAAUAUAUUUUUGGUAUUUUUUAUCUUCCUUUAUAAAGUAUAUGAAAUCAUGAGAGAUUUUUUUUUAUACUUUAAAAUUAUUAAUUGAUAGAAAAUUUUUUUAGUCAGUGUGAGAUUCUAAAUUUGUUCAUGUGAUAUAAUUUUUAUCUUUUACAAAAUCUGAAAAGAUUCCCUGUGUAUUUGCAAUACUUUACCUGAAAUUAUUUAUUGUUUUGCUAAAUAUAUAUUUAUCUGUGUGUAUUAAACCCCUGGUUGUAUUACAACAAGGAAUUCCUGAGUGUAUACUGUGGUACUGUGAUAUUUAACAAAGUACCAAUGAUUUCUUUUUUUAAACAAUCAGUAUCCUUUACUAAGUACAAAAGUUGUUACUGUUUCCUAACUUUUGUGAUUUCAUAAUUAUUGGGAUGGUAUUUUAAGUGGGUAUUGUCAUGAAACAAGUUUUGUUUAGAAGUUAAUAUUAAAAUUCAAAAUUAUUGUAGAUUUGCUCAGAAUAGCAAGCUUGCCUAACAUACUCUAUACAUGUGUGGAAAUUUAUUUUAUUUGUUUACUUUACAUUUUUACACAGAAACAUUUUUCUAAAACAGAAGCUGUUUGAGUUUUUAAAUAAUAAUUGUAUUAACUAUAAUUUUUUGUAUUUCUUUCUUGA